CCCCCGGAGUGUUACUGUUGGAGUUGUUUUAAAUAAGCUGUGUUCAUGCACACUCUCCAUGGCCAGUUCAACAUGGGUCUUUCAUAACGGAAAGGGUAAGUCUGAUCAUGCAUUAUAUGUUGACUAAAUAAUUUUUUUAAGGACGCAUGCAGUCAUGCAGAGCUGUUGCAAGAGAAAAUGAAUUUGCUUGAACCAAUGAAUCUGACAAAGAAAAUGAUAAAGAUAGCAUGUCCUACUGCUUUGUUACCUGAUUAUUCGGCCCUUUUACUCCUACCGUGCAUAUAUAGUGCACAUACACACUCACAUUUUUUUUUCUUCAUCUCUGCAUUUCUCCUCUCUUCUAGUUUGCUUCCAAAAUCUAGCUGUCAAAUACACCUGGCAAUGCAUAUUAGUGUUGGCUCCUUGACAAAUUGGUUUUGUUCCUCUUUUGUGAGUCACUUCAGAUAAAAGCAUGUUCUAAUGUAACUGUACAUUUCAAUGAAACAGUAGAAUUCAAAUCUGACAAGGUCACGCCGGCUUGACUUUCUCCUACUAUCAGUUACUAAAAGCACUGAAGCUUGAUGCCUUUUUCAAGGGUACUAGGACAAAGCAGGGGAGUGGUCGUGUCCCAGUGGACCAUAACAAUGCCACAUUGAUCACACGCAUUGAUUUCCUGCUGUUUCAUUUCGAUCGGUGUCCAUACUGCAGAAAUGUAUAGCCGGAGUAACAUGUACACACUCCCCUCAGCCAGCAUAGAAGUUAGUGUAUGCAGCACAAACCCACACAAUCAGCUGUUUCCUACGGGAUGCCGAGAUCUCUGGGACUCGGAAGCAUUUCAGACUGCACAAAAGCCACGCGAUGGAGCAAUCUGAGACGUGUUUGAGUCGGCUGACCUCUGGAUGGCUGUGCGGCUGUGUCAGCACAUAUGCAAAUGCUUCUGUAUACUGGGGGAUUUGGCAGUAGAGAGGUACUGCGGCAGCUCAGGUGAUGACUGGGGCUUUUAUGUUCGCAACUGGUCUGGAGUAAGAAACAUUUGAUUUUGUUAAAGAGUGCUUGUGGGGUGGUGGGGGAUCAUUAUGUGUCGGGCUGGGGGGUUUGUCAAUGGGAGAGUUAUUGCUGAACGUUCGCUGCCGUCUUGCUCUCGUCUUUUUCUUUCUCUCUCUAGGGCUCAGCAGGCAUGGAGCCUCUCAGCCUGCAGGUGCUGGUGGUUGUAAUAGGGAGCUUCUUGGGCUUCCAGUGGCUGUUCCACAGAGGUAGCCCUUGGGUGUCUGAGAAGCUCUGCAAAGGCUUCCUGAGGCUCAGCCCUACACAUAGGACAGAGUGGAACUCCAGGGCCGUCUCAACAGUACACGCCUUGGUUGUGGGACUUUUCUGUCUCUACAUAUAUAUCUUUGAUGAACCUAUCCAGAAAGACCCAGUCUGGGGAAAUGCCUCACUGGUGAAGCUCAAUGUGGCCGUUACCUCAGGCUACCUUAUCUCAGAUCUCCUGCUCAUGUUUACUUCAUGGGAGUCUAUUGGAGAGAAAUAUUUUGUUUUACAUCAUUUUGCUGCUCUCUAUGCAUACUACUAUGUGCUGAGUCAAGGGAUAUUGCCUUACUUUGCUAAUUUCCGCCUGCUUUCAGAAUUCUCCACCCCCUUCGUGAACCAGCGUUGGUUUUUUCACAUUUUGGGCUACCACAAACUUUCCAAACCAAGUCUGGUCAAUGGUGUUGCCAUGGCAUUUACGUUCUUCUUGGUGAGGAUCGCAGUCAUUCCAGGCUACUACAGCCAUAUGUACUCAGUCUUUGGUACGGAUGACUUUUACCGGUUACCUCUGGGGGGCCGCAGUGCCUGGGUUAUUUCCAGCGUGUCUUUGGAUGUCAUGAACAUCAUGUGGAUGCGCAGAAUCAUCCGCGGAUGUCUCAAAGUCCUUCGCUCGGCCUGGUCGAGAAAAACAGGAACUGAGAUGGAAACUAGAAAAACAGACUGACGUGGAGAUACAGACAGAAAAUGAACACAUCAGCACAAAAACUUUCCAUCUCUUUCAUGUCCAAUCUGAUGCUGGAGUGUAAAUGCCGUAUAUGUUUUGUUAUUCCUGCUGCUGUAUUGCUGUGGCAUCAUAGUUGUGAGAAACCAUUUAUUGUUUUAAUAAUGACAGACAUGCUCAACUGGAGGAAUUCAAUCAUAGGCGCUCCUUUACAUUUUAAGAAAUCAGGUGAUUAAGAGGCAUGAGACUGAUCACAUGUACAAUCAGGACAACAGUUGUGGUUGCACUAUUUAUUAUAAAGCUGCUAUUAUGAUCAACCAACUUGCCUUUAUGAAUGCAAUUAACAAAGCAACAGCACAACUGAACUUCCACAAAUAUACACAGUGUGUGCCUGUAGACCAUGAUAAACAACUUUUUGAUUACAAUAUGGAUAGGGUUAUUCAAAUAGAGGAAAUGGCCAUUAUAAAUGUAUAGUGGAAAUGUUAAAUGUAUGGGUGAAAGGUCCUGCCUUUGCAGCUCAGCAGUGCAGGAUAUCUCAAGAAACCAUGCAUGUCUACAUGUAAUUAUUGCAUAUAUGGAGAACACUAUGUAUGGAGAGUAUUAUAUAUGUCUGGAAUGGAAAACAUAUCGGGUGACACAAUGUUAUAUAAUAUGUGUUUCUGAAAAUCUAUAACUUGAUGCAGCCGUGUAUAAGCUUUUUGCUUGUAAUAUGUGGUUUGUUGGUUGGAUUUGGAAUAAUGACACUAUUAGCCUAUAUAAGCUUCAAUAAGUUAAGGCUUUUCAGGUUAUUUAUCAUUAUUUACUUAAUAGUUAUGUAUGCGGUUAAAAAUCAACAGUGAUAUGAUUUUUGAAAGAAAAAAAGGUGUAUGAGCUAUUCCAACAGGAAUGAAUUUCUACAAAUUCUGUGAUGUCAAAAAUGCUCAUGUAAGUGACCAGAGAUGCGUGUUUCUGUGGUGUGACAAUGUUUUAAUUUGAAUAAACAACAUGGUUUUAA